AUGGGAAUGAUUAAACAUAACAGGGGGAAACUUCGAAUAUGUUCAUAUUCUUAUCUAAUUGUGCUAGCUCUGUCAAUCCACCACGUCAUCCCGGGCUUCAUGUGCUAGGGCGGCGACUACCGGGACAACGACACUGGCGGCGAGUCCAUCUACGGCGCCAGGUUCGCCGACGAGAACUUCAAGCUACGCCACACGGGGCCCAGCGUGCUCUCCAUGGCCAACGCAGGGCCCGACACCAAUGGCUCCCAGUUCUUAAUCUGCACCGUGCAGACGCCCUGGCUUGACGGCAAGCACGUCGUCUUCGGCAAGGUCGUCGAUGGCUAUGCCGUCGUGGACAAGAUGGAGGCUGUCGGUUCUCAGUCAUGUGCCACGGUCGAGACCAUACGCAUCGAGGACUGCGGCUAG